AUGCCAGCGAAAUCCAAUCGAUCAUUGCUGAAUGUUAGUGCGAACGAUGGUGGAAAUGAUAAAAUUCAACGAUGGCAACAAUGUAGUAAAUGUUUAAACUUUUAUAUUUCAAAUGAACACAUGCUAAAUUGUUCUGAUAAAAAUUAUGAGAAUAUUCCGUAUGUUGAACAAAAUGGAAAAUAUGCAAGAUUGACUACUACUGAACACAAAGCAGAGUAUUUAAAAGACUAUUCAUCGUUAAAAUCAUUCAUGUUAAACGAUAUGAUAUUUGUUUCACCUCAAACAUUAAAACAAUUGAAUAUACAUCAAUCUGAUGAAGUUUUACUAGUGAAUAAUGAUCGAACAAAAACGAGUACAGUGUGGCAACAUUCUUCACUUCUUUUAAAUCAACUUUCAUUAAGUCAUUCAAGUAUAGAACAAUUAAAUUUAAAUGAAAAUGAUUUUAUUACUAUACAAAUUAUACCGGAAGAGAAUAUUCGACAUAUAGCUAAUAUAACGUUACGAGUGUUGUUUCAAUGUGAAAAUCAAAAUGAACAACGUUUGAUAACAACAUGUUUGAAACAUCAACUCAUGAAUCGAGUUGUUUAUUCGAAUCAAUUGAUUUAUUUUGUUUUUCUUGGUCAACCAAUGAACUUUAUUGUUCAACCUAUUCUCUCAUUUUCCAAAGAUCAAUCUUAUAUACCAGAACAAAUUUCAUCUUGUACACCAAUUAUUAGUCUUGAAAAAGAUGAUUCUAAUGAUUUAACUAAUGAAUUAUCGUAUUUAUCGAUUGAAAAUAAUGAUUCACCAUCAUUAAUAACUUCAGUACAUCAUACAGUAUCUACGCCAAAAAUUCAUCAUAUUACAACAAAAAAAUUUUAUCGAAUUCGAAAAAAUUUAACAAAAAUAAAUAUUCAAUUUGAGAAUGAAGAAGAUAAUGAAAAAGAAUCAGAUGAGAAUUGUACAUCGACUACAAAUGUAACAAUGAAUGAUAUUGGAGGAUUAGAUGAACAGAAAAAAGAAUUGAUUGAACUAUUGUCUACCAAUUCAAUUUCGAAAAAUAGUAUUUAUAGUUUAAAUGGUAUCUUAUUACAUGGUUCAAGUGGGUGUGGAAAAACUCUAUUAGUCGAAGCAAUAUGUUCUCAAUUCAACUUAAAAUAUUCUGUCGUUCGAAUUGAUUUUCAAGAUAUUUACAGUCGUCAUUAUGGUGAAAGCGAAAUGAAAUUAAAAAAAUUAUUUCAAAAAGCAGCUACGACAUCUAAAUUGUCAUCGUUAAUUCUCGUAGAAAAUAUUGAUUUAUUGUGUCCAAAUCGUGAACGUACACAACAUGAAUUAGAACGACGUUUAACAACAACAUUUGUGCAAUUAUUAGAUCAAUGCUUUCAGACUUGUCGUGGUCAAAAACAAAUUUUUCUAUUAGCAACAACAAGUCGUUUAGAUUCCAUUGAUUCUACAUUACGACGUUCGGGACGAAUUGAUAGAGAAAUUGAAAUAACAAUACCAAAUCAGAAUGAACGAUAUCAGAUUCUAAACAUAAAACUUCAGAGUAUUCAGCAUCAUUUAACUACCGAAGAUUUACAAUUGUUAGCUGAAAAGACACAUGGAUUUAAUGGAGCUGAUUUAGGAAACUUAUGUCGUCAAGCUGCCCAUUUUGCAAUGAAAUCCAUUAACGAAAAUAAUGUCGUAAUUACAAAAACUCAUUUUGAAAAUGCUUUAUCAAUAAUUAAACCCAGCAGUAUGAGAGAAGUUUUAUUAGAAAUACCAAAGGUAAAAUGGUCUGAUAUUGGUGGUCAACAGGAAUUAAAACAAAAACUUGAACAUAUGAUUGUAUGGCCAAUCAAACAUCCUCUUGCAUUUAAAACAAUGUCCAUACAACCACCAAAAGGUAUAUUAAUGUAUGGACCGCCUGGGUGCUCGAAAACGAUGAUUGCUAAAGCAGUCGCCACUGAGUCUGGACUGAACUUUUUUGCCGUUAAAGGUCCAGAACUGUUUAGUAAAUGGGUUGGCGAAUCUGAACGUGCCAUACGUGAAAUAUUUCGUCGUAGUCGUCUAGCUUCACCCGCUAUUAUAUUUUUUGAUGAAAUCGACGCUAUUGCGAAUCAACGAUCAUCGAAUACUGGUCAAACAAAUGUUGGUGAUCGUGUACUUGCUCAACUUUUAAAUGAAAUGGAUGGUAUUGAAAAACUUCAAGGUGUUACGAUAAUAGCUGCUACAAAUAGACCCGAUUGUAUCGAUCCUGCUUUAAUGCGUCCCGGACGAUUUGAUCGUAUUGUUUAUGUUCCAUUACCUGAUGAAUUAACACGUCGUGAAAUAUUUGACAUUCGUUUACGAUCAUUACCGUGUGCACAAGAUAUUGAUCUCACACGUCUUGUAACUAUGACGUGUAAAUAUUCAGGUGCUGAAAUUGCGUCGUUAUGUGACGAAGCCGCUCUAAUUGCUCUUCAAGAAAAUAUUCAUGCACAACAUGUACAAUGGAAACAUUUUGAAAAAGCAUUUGACUACGUGAAGCCACGGACCAGUGAUGACACGAUCAAAAAGUUUGAAUUAUUCACUAAAAGUUAUCAGACAUUUGUCAAGUCAAAUUAG